CCUUGAGGACAUUAUGGACACUGAGUUAUUGCUGGGGUCUGCAGUCAUUUCGUGUAUCAUUGGAGGUUGGCUUCCUCUUAUGAUGUCUGAGGGUCGACUCGACUAAAAAUGCAGCAAUUAAACAAACAUGUCCCCUUCAUCCGUCCGUACUCGAUCCGAUUUCCGAACGCGCGAGAACGGAAGCGGUGGUGGCCGGCGCGGCCGGAAGUUCAGAUCAGCUGAUGGGGGAGGCGGCGCCGCAGCCGCCUAGAGGCCCCGGCCGCCGAGCGCUUGGUCCCGGCCCUGAGUCUCGGAGACUGGCCAAGAUCGCCGUUCGCACCUCGCUGUUGGGCGAAGCCCGGUACCGUCUCUCUCCCAGGCCUGAGAUACUCGCCCGGCACGGCCGCCCUGAGCGCCCCGGCCACCCCCAGCCCCGGCUCGCCCCUCAGGCUCCGGGCCUCCCCUCAGUCCCCGGCCGGCGGCCCAGGCCCCGGAUCCGCGGGGGGGGACCCGGCCCCGGGGGGUGCGGGUCCUAUGGAGCUGAUGUUCGCGGAGUGGGAGGAUGGAGAGCGCUUCUCAUUUGAGGAUUCGGACCGCUUUGAGGAGGAUUCACUCUGUUCCUUCAUCUCCGAGGCCGAAAGCCUCUGCCAGAACUGGCGGGGAUGGCGCAAACAGUCAGCGGGGCCCAAUUCCCCCACUGGCGGCGGUGGCGGAGGUGGUGUUGGCGGCACCAGAAUGCGAGAUGGACUGGUGAUCCCAUUGGUGGAGCUGUCAGCAAAGCAGGUAGCAUUUCAUAUCCCAUUUGAAGUGGUGGAGAAAGUUUACCCCCCAGUGCCCGAGCAGCUACAGCUCAGAAUUGCUUUUUGGAGCUUCCCUGAGAAUGAAGAAGACAUUCGGCUGUAUUCGUGCCUGGCCAAUGGCAGUGCAGAUGAGUUUCAGCGAGGUGAUCAGCUAUUCCGCAUGAGGGCUGUGAAGGACCCACUGCAGAUAGGGUUCCACCUGAGUGCUACAGUGGUGCCACCUCAGAUGGUCCCUCCUAAAGGGGCCUACAAUGUGGCUGUGAUGUUUGACCGCUGCCGGGUUACUUCCUGCAGCUGUACCUGUGGGGCUGGGGCCAAAUGGUGCACCCACGUCGUGGCACUCUGUCUCUUCCGCAUCCACAACGCUUCUGCAGUCUGUCUGCGAGCUCCAGUCUCAGAGUCUCUGUCUCGGCUACAGAGGGACCAGCUGCAGAAGUUUGCUCAGUACCUCAUCAGUGAGCUCCCUCAGCAGAUCCUCCCUACAGCCCAGCGUCUCCUGGAUGAACUCCUCUCCUCUCAGUCAACAGCCAUUAAUACAGUAUGUGGAGCCCCUGACCCAACAGCAGGGCCCUCGGCAUCAGACCAGAGUACUUGGUACUUGGAUGAAUCGACACUCACUGACAACAUUAAGAAGACCUUGCACAAGUUCUGUGGCCCCUCCCCGGUGGUCUUCAGUGAUGUGAACUCUAUGUAUCUGUCUUCCACGGAGCCUCCAGCUGCUGCUGAAUGGGCAUGUCUGUUGCGCCCUCUGAGGGGCCGUGAGCCGGAGGGUGUCUGGAACCUGCUUAGCAUUGUUCGAGAAAUGUUCAAGCGGAGGGACAGCAAUGCUGCCCCCUUGUUGGAAAUCCUCACUGACCAGUGCCUGACCUAUGAACAGAUAACAGGUUGGUGGUAUAGUGUGCGCACCUCAGCUUCACACAGCAGUGCCAGUGGGCACACCGGCCGUAGCAAUGGGCAGUCAGAGGUUGCGGCCCAUGCCUGUGCCAGCAUGUGUGAUGAGAUGGUCACACUAUGGAGGCUGGCCGUGUUGGACCCUGCUCUCAGUCCCCAGCGCCGCCGGGAACUGUGUGCACAGCUUCGUCAGUGGCAACUGAAAGUGAUUGAGAAUGUAAAGCGGGGACAACAUAAGAAGACCCUGGAACGACUUUUCCCUGGUUUCCGGCCAGCAGUGGAGGCCUGCUACUUUAAUUGGGAAGAGGCCUACCCACUUCCUGGUGUCACCUAUAGCGGCACUGACCGGAAGCUGGCACUGUGCUGGGCCCGGGCCCUGCCCUCAAGGCCAGGUGCCUCCCGCUCUGGGGGCCUGGAGGAAUCCCGGGACCGCCCCCGAUCUCUUCCUACUGAGCCAGCUGUACGGCCCAAAGAUCCUGGGGCCAAGCGCAAAGGAUUGGGUGAGGGCAUCACCUCUUCACAGCGGGGUCCCCGCCGCCUCUCAGCUGAAGGGGGAGAUAAGGCUCUGCAUAAGAUGGGCCCAGGUGGGGGCAAAGCCAAGGCAUUGGGUGGGACUGGUAGUGGGAGCAAGGGCUCAGCAGCAGGGAGCAAGCGAAGGCUGAGCAGUGAAGACAGCUCCCUGGAGCCGGAUCUGGCAGAGAUGAGCCUGGAUGACAGCAGCCUGGCCCUGGGCGCAGAGGCCAGCACCUUUGGUGGAUUCCCUGAAAGCCCACCACCCUGUCCUCUACCUGGUGGCUCUCGAGGUGCUUCAACUUUCCUUCCUGAGCCCCCAGAUACUUAUGAAGAAGAUGGUGGUGUCUACUUCUCAGAAGGGCCGGAGCCACCUACAGUCUCUGCUGGCCCCUCUGGCCUACUGUCUGGGGAGGUCUGUACCCGGGAUGACCUCCCUUCCACAGAUGAGAGUGGCAAUGGGCUUCCCAAAACCAAAGAGGCAGCCCCUGCAGUUGGAGAGGAAGAUGAUGACUACCAGGCUUAUUAUCUGAAUGCCCAGGAUGGGGCUGGGGGCGAGGAGGAGAAGGCUGAGGGCGGGGCUGGGGAAGAGCACGACCUGUUUGCUGGGCUGAAGCCACUGGAACAGGAGAGCCGAAUGGAGGUGUUAUUUGCCUGUGCUGAGGCCCUGCAUGCGCAUGGCUAUAGCAAUGAGGCCUCCCGCCUCACUGUGGAGCUUGCCCAGGACCUGCUAGCCAACCCUCCUGACCUCAAGGUAGAGCCGCCCCCUGCCAAGGGUAAGAAGAACAAGGUAUCUACAAGCCGUCAGACCUGGGUGGCCACCAACACCCUGACCAAGGCAGCCUUCCUGUUGACAGUGCUAAGUGAGCGCCCAGAGCACCACAACUUAGCCUUCCGAGUUGGCAUGUUUGCCUUGGAGCUACAGCGGCCCCCAGCUUCUACCAAGGCCUUGGAGGUGAAGCUGGCAUAUCAGGAGUCUGAGGUGGCUGCCCUGCUCAAGAAGAUCCCUCUGGGUCCAAGCGAGAUGAGUACCAUGAGGUGCCGGGCAGAGGAACUUCGGGAGGGAACCCUCUGUGACUAUCGGCCUGUGUUGCCUCUCAUGUUGGCCAGUUUCAUCUUUGAUGUUCUCUGUGCUCCAGGUUCCCGGCCCCCAAGUCGCAACUGGAACAACGAGAUGCCUGGGGAUGAGGAGCUGGGAUUUGAAGCAGCAGUUGCUGCCUUGGGCAUGAAGACAACAGUGAGUGAGGCAGAACAUCCCCUCCUAUGUGAAGGCACACGUCGGGAGAAGGGUGAUCUGGCAUUAUCAUUAAUGAUCGCUUAUAAGGAUGACCAGGCCAAGCUCAAGAAGAUCUUAGACAAAUUAUUGGACCGAGAAAGCCAGACGCAUAAGCCACAGACACUGAGUUCUUUCUACUCAUCUAGCCGUCCAGCCACAGCCAGCCAGAGGUCUCCUUCAAAGCACGGGGGCCCAUCUGCCCCAGGGGCUCUGCAACCACUGACCUCAGGCUCUGCAGGGCCCGCUCAGCCAGGGAGUGUGACAGGGGCUGGGCCAGGCCCCACUGAGGGCUUCACAGAGAAGAAUGUGCCUGGUGAGGUGGGGGCACUGGGCAGGGAGAGGAAUGGUAUGGAGCCAUGUUGGGGUCCUCUUUCCUGGGCUCAUCCAAUGUCCUAUUUUCCCUACCUAGAGAGUUCCCCACAUUCCCCCUGUGAGGUUCUCCCAUCUGAGGCAGCUUUGACCCCAAGGCCAGAGGGGAAGGUUCCCAGCAGGCUGGCACUUGGCAGUCGUGGAGGCUACAAUGGUCGAGGAUGGGGCUCGCCAGGGCGACCUAAGAAAAAGCACACAGGCAUGGCCAGCAUCGACAGCAGUGCUCCUGAGACAACAUCGGAUAGCUCCCCAACCUUAAGCCGGAGGCCACUUCGAGGGGGUUGGGCUCCCACCUCCUGGGGUCGAGGACAGGAUAGUGACAGCAUUAGUAGCUCUUCCUCAGACUCCCUGGGCUCUUCAUCCUCCAGUGGAAGUCGCCGGGCAAGUGCCAGUGGAGGUGCGCGGGUGAAGACAGUUGAAGUUGGCAGGUACAAGGGCCGCCGCCCUGAGAGUCAUGCCCCCCAUGUACCCAAUCAGCCGUCAGAGGCAGCUGCACACUUCUACUUUGAGCUGGCAAAGAUGGUGCUGAUCAAGGCGGGGGGCAACAGCAGCACUUCCAUUUUCACACAUCCAUCUUCCUCAGGGGGCCACCAAGGUCCUCACCGCAACCUACACCUUUGCGCCUUUGAGAUUGGGCUUUAUGCCCUCGGCCUGCACAACUUUGUUUCUCCAAACUGGCUCUCACGUACCUAUUCUUCCCACGUUUCCUGGAUUACAGGCCAGGCAAUGGAGAUCGGCAGUGCAGCCCUGACUAUACUGGUAGAAUGCUGGGAUGGGCACCUGACACCCCCUGAGGUUGCAUCCUUAGCUGACAGGGCAUCACGGGCACGAGACUCCAAUAUGGUGAGAGCAGCAGCAGAGCUGGCCCUGAGCUGCCUGCCUCAUGCCCAUGCAUUGAACCCCAAUGAGAUCCAGCGGGCCUUGGUUCAGUGCAAGGAACAGGAUAACCUGAUGUUGGAGAAGGCCUGCAUGGCAGUGGAAGAGGCGGCUAAGGGUGGGGGCGUGUACCCCGAAGUGUUGUUUGAGGUUGCUCACCAGUGGUUCUGGCUGUAUGAGCAAACAGCAGGUGGCUCAUCCACAGCUCGUGAAGGGGCUACAAGCUGUAGUGGCAGUGGGAUCAGGGUAGCUGGGGAGGCUGGGCGGGGGCUGCCUGAGGGCAGAGGGGGCCCAGGGACCGAGCCAGUUACAGUGGCGGCAGCAGCAGCAGUGACAGCAGCAGCCACAGUGGUGCCAGUCAUCUCAGUGGGGUCCAGUUUAUAUCCAGGUCCAGGACUGGGGCAUGGUCACUCCCCUGGCCUGCACCCCUACACUGCUCUACAGCCCCACCUGCCCUGUAGCCCUCAGUACCUCACCCACCCAGCUCACCCUGCCCACCCCAUGCCUCACAUGCCCCGGCCUGCCGUCUUCCCUGUGCCCAGCUCUGCAUACCCACAGGGUGUGCAUCCUGCAUUCCUGGGGGCUCAGUAUCCUUACUCGGUGACUCCUCCCUCACUUGCUGCCACUGCUGUGUCUUUCCCCGUCCCUUCCAUGGCACCCAUCACAGUACAUCCCUACCACACAGAGCCAGGGCUCCCACUGCCCACCAGUGUGGCCUGUGAGUUGUGGGGACAGGGAGCAGUGAGCAGUGUCCAUCCAGCAUCCACAUUUCCAGCCAUCCAGGGUGCCUCGCUGCCUGCCCUGACCACACAGCCCAGCCCUCUGGUGAGCGGGGGUUUUCCACCCCCUGAGGAGGAGACACACAGUCAACCUGUCAAUCCACACAGCCUGCACCACCUGCAUGCUGCCUACCGUGUUGGAAUGCUGGCACUGGAGAUGCUGGGUCGUCGGGCACACAACGAUCACCCCAACAACUUCUCCCGCUCCCCCCCUUACACUGAUGAUGUCAAAUGGUUGCUGGGGCUGGCAGCAAAGCUGGGAGUGAACUACGUGCACCAGUUCUGUGUGGGGGCAGCCAAGGGGGUGCUGAGCCCGUUUGUGCUGCAGGAGAUCGUCAUGGAGACGCUGCAGCGGCUGAGCCCUGCUCAUGCCCACAACCACCUGCGUGCCCCGGCCUUCCACCAACUGGUGCAGCGCUGCCAGCAGGCAUACAUGCAGUACAUCCAUCAUCGCUUGAUUCACCUGACUCCUGCCGACUACGACGACUUUGUGAAUGCGAUCCGCAGUGCCCGCAGCGCCUUCUGCCUGACACCCAUGGGCAUGAUGCAGUUCAACGACAUCCUGCAGAACCUCAAGCGCAGCAAACAGACCAAGGAGCUGUGGCAGCGAGUCUCACUCGAGAUGACCACCUUCUCCCCUUAAGUCUUUCCCUUCUAGGGCCCUAUACAGGGACACAGGCCUGUGGCUAUGGGGGCCCCGCACACGGGGGGAGUGAAUCUUGGCUGGACAGGUCAUCCCCACUCAAUUCCCUGGUAGCCCAGACUGGCAGCUGCUCUUGGGCUAUAGCUUGGGGCCAAGAUGUCUCAGACCCUAGAAGCCUAGGGCUGGGGGAAACAGCCCUGUCUGGGAGGGGGCAUUGGGUAGCCUCUGGUAUUUAUUUGGCAUUUAUAAAUAUAUAAACUCCUUUUUUACUCUA